AGCGGUGGGGAAGGUAAGGCGGUUGACAGCCGUGAUGUAAAUACCGAGUUGGCUAACAUAUUAGCCAAGUGCUUUCUUUCCUCGACACGGUUUUACAAAUAAACGACAGUCAGUUUGUUUGUCGAACCAUAAAAAGAACCUUCGCGACUAUUUUAAGAGAUGAACAGCAACGGGAAUAAGAGAGCACCAACAACAGCAACACAGCGCCUAAAACAGGAUUACCUCAGAAUAAAGAAAGACCCUGUGCCUUACAUCUGUGCUGAACCACUUCCCUCAAAUAUAUUAGAAUGGCACUAUGUUGUUCGGGGGCCAGAGAAAACACCUUAUGAAGGUGGAUACUAUCAUGGAAAAUUGGUAUUCCCACGGGAAUUUCCCUUCAAACCACCUAGUAUUUAUAUGAUAACGCCGAAUGGGAGAUUCAAGUGCAACACAAGGUUAUGUCUAUCCAUUACUGACUUCCAUCCGGACACGUGGAACCCUGCCUGGUCCGUCUCCACCAUCCUCACAGGGCUGCUAAGCUUCAUGGUGGAGAAAGGCCCCACACUGGGAAGCAUCGAGACAUCUGAUUACACUAAAAGACAGCUGUCUGCACAGAGCUUGGCUUUUAACUUAAAGGACAGGAUCUUUUGUGAACUGUUUCCAGAAGUUGUUGAGGAGAUCAAACAGAAGCAAAAGGCUCAGGAGGAGCUCAAUUCACGGCCACAGGCUCUGCCGCUUCCAGAUGUGGUGCCAGAUGGAGAGCAAGGUCACUUCGGGCUCCCAGAGAUGAACGGGCACGUCCCUUUGGGAGAAGCGGCGGCUCCUCAGCACCUCGCCCUCCAGCAGGCUAACCGCAAUCAUGGACUCCUUGGCGGAGCGCUUGCGAACCUGUUCGUAAUAGUGGGCUUCGCUGCCUUUGCUUAUACGGUAAAGUAUGUACUCCGGAGCAUAACCCAGGAAUGAGACAGGACCUUACUAGACUGGGCUGAAAACAAGUGGGUAUCAAGUCACCAAAGUAAGCUCCCAUUCCUUUCAAAAAAAACACUGAGAUGACAAACCUGAUCAACCCUUGUAAGAAUCUGAGGAACAUCAGGGUGCUUUUGAAAGUACCAUAAUGCAGCAGAAGACUUGGCUGUAGGUUCGUACAUGAUUUCUGGAUUGCUCCACAGACUCAGCACAUGACCACUGACCAAUCUAGAAAAAAAAAAAACAUGGAAAGUUACUCUCAGCCCAGACACUUGAGGCAAUGCUCAUGUCUCUUCAGUUGUGUUAUUAAAAGAAAGGACCGGUGUUUUGUCACUUUUACUAUAAAGGUGGAAACUACAGACCAAUUUCGAUUAAGGAAUUUUUGUGUCCACCACACCUUCGUUUGCUCUUCAUGGGGUUUCUCAUCUGCCUAAUUCAACCAGCAUUCAUCUCUUUCCUUUCCCCUGGUUUGCAUUAAUGGUUUUCACCAUUAUUCAUUCUGACAUGACGGUUUUUUUCUGUAAACAACAAAUAUCCCCUGUCUAUGAUUCGAUUGAAGGUGUUACAGCAAGUCACGGUUUAUUCCUCCUUGUUUAUCAAUUAUCAUUUAUUAUUCUGGCUAGUUGGAGCCUCCCCUAUAUGUAAUGCUAUAGAAAGAUAAAUAUGGGAGGUAGAGAAUGCUAAGAAUAAAUGUCAUUAAAUCAGUUAUUUAAUUAGUCACGUUUAAUCUUUUACUCAUAUUGUCGUGUAAUGCAAGAGUAAGUGGUGGCUAUUAUCCCUUUGCACUUUGUGAAAGUGGUUUAAUAAAGAGUGCUGUCAUGA